AUGGACACUUUUCAAAAUAUGAUCGACUCAAAUGUUGCGGAGAGCCUUAGACAAGUGACAAAAUCAAUCGAUGAGGUCCUUGGUAUGAUCCAAGUGCAGCAGCAAAAUCAUCUUCAUCGUCAUAAUGUUACUGCAGCUCCAGGUUCAGAUCCUGAUCCUUAUGAUCCUGCACUUUCCCGGACGGCAGACGUCACCGUUUCACAGGAUGGGAGUGGGAAAUUCAAGAGAAUAAUGGAUGCCAUUGCGGCUGUACCAAGCCAUAGCCAGAAGCAGUUUGUGAUAUUUGUGAAGAAAGGAGUUUACAAAGAAUAUGUGAAGAUUGAUAAAACAAAGAUGAACUUGGUGUUGAUUGGACAGGGCAUGAGUGUUACCACCAUAUCUGGCUAUAGAAGCAAUGCUAGUGGUUGGCAAACAAUUGAUUCGCCUACAUUUGAUGUAAGGGCCCAAGGAUUCAUUGCAAUGGACAUAGGAUUUGAGAACACUGCAGGACCAAACAAUAGGCAGGCAGUUGCUCUUUCAGUCGGCGGCGACCAGUCUGCUUUCCACCGGUGCAAGCGGCACCAUCGACUUUAUCUUCGGAUACGGCACGGCGGUUUUCCAACCCUCUAA